AUGUCAAGAAACCUACCCCUUUUAUCCGCCACAGAGGUCGCCAAGCACAUUUCCCCAAAUGACUGCUGGGUCACCUUGUACAAUAGAAAAGUGUAUAACGUCACCGGAUUUCUCGAUGAGCAUCCAGCCGGAGACGAUAUCAUCUUAGAAUACGCUGGAAAAGACAUCACCAAGAUAAUGGCCGAUAUGGAAUCACACGAGCACUCCGAAUCCGCUUACGAAAUGCUUGACGAUGAGAUGUUGGUGGGUUACUUGGCCACAGCCGAAGAGGAAGACGAACUCUUGAACAACAAGAACAAGACCCCAGUGGAGGUUAAAUUUACUGCGGAAACUGAAGAGAAGUUUGAUACUUACGAGUUCCAUGACAAGUUGCCACCUGCUGAAGCGUUGUCGAUCCAGACUGACUAUUCUGAGGAUGCUCGCAAGCAUCGCUUCUUGGACUUGAGUAGGCCUUUACUUCCCCAGAUGAUUUUCAGCAACUUCUCCAAAGACUUCUAUUUGGACCAGGUGCAUCGUCCUCGGCAUUAUGGAAAGGGAUCUGCUCAGCUUUUCGGAAACUUCUUGGAACCUAUUUCCUUGACUCCAUGGUGGGUUGUUCCUGCUGUUUGGCUCCCAGUCAACUUUGCCUUCUUCUACAUUGGUUUCACAGGCCAAAGCAAGAUCACAGCCUUGAGUAUGUGGGUUCUUGGAUUGUGUGUUUGGACCUUGCUUGAAUAUGUUUUGCACAGAUUCUUGUUCCACUUAGACCACUAUUUGCCAGAUCACCCUAUUUUCUUGACUAUCCACUUUCUUUUGCACGGUGUGCACCACUAUUUACCAAUGGAUAAGUACAGAUUGGUCAUGCCUCCUACGUUGUUCGUAGCCUUGUGCUACCCAAUCUACAGACUUGUGUUUGCUGCCUUCCCUUACUACAUGGCAUGUUCCGCUUUCGCUGGUGGGUUCUUAGGCUACAUCAUGUACGACGUGACUCACUACGUGCUUCACCACACCAAGUUACCAAAGUACUUCCAGGACUUGAAGACUUACCACUUGGAACAUCACUACAAGAACUAUGAAUUGGGAUUUGGAGUCACCAGUAAGUUCUGGGAUGUGGUGUUCGGCACCGAGAUCACCUCCACAUUCCAAAAGAGAGCAUAA